AUGUUGGAAUCAGUCACAGCGAUCGUCACAGGACAGAUAGCUCCUGAAAUGAACGCAGUGGUCCUAUCGGUUAUGUUAGGAUGGAACGAUUCUCAAAACUGUUCUCAUGAUUAUAUGCUGCAGAAGGGGAUUGGCAUCGUCGAAGGUACUAGCCAUGGAUAUGCUUAA